CUUGGUAUGAAGGGUGAGACCAUCCCCUCAUGGGUCAUGGACAGACUCCAGACGUCAUGCCGGUCAUUCAGAUACGAACUUCCCUUUAAUAAGAAAGUUCUGGAAGGUAAAAUAUUGAGACUUGGAUGAGAGAUUUGACGGGUACUUAAUGGGUCUUGACGGGGUCUUCACGGAUACUGGGUGGCGCCGGGGUUGGUGGAACUAACUCGGGGGGGGGGGGUAGCUAGGGGGGGUGGGCGCUAAUGUGCAAUUAGUGCGGUAAUUUUGUUGUUGAAAACACCCGCAUUAAUUCUUUUUCUUUUAAAAUUAAAGCAAACCAAUGAAAACACCUCUCGCAACCUGAGUUGUUAAGGCUCAUCGUAGCGCUGCAGUCUUAGGCUCGUCGUAGCGCCGUAGUCUUAGGCUCGUCGUAGUGCCGUAGUCUUAGGCUCGUUGUAGCAACAUAGUCUUAUGCUCGUCGUAGUGCCAUAGUCUUAGGCUCGUUUUAGCGCCGUAUUCUUAGGCUUAGAAACUUAGUUACUACGGCUACGGAAAAGCGAAGGGGUAAACAGCUCUGCUUUAAUCUCCAAUAAUAACUGGUCCUUUAAAGAAUGGAUGAAAGCCGAAUAAAAGUUAGACUUUAGGAAUUUCAACAUCUUAUAAUAGUUAGACCUUUAAUAUUCCAACAUCUUAUAAUAGUUAGACCUUUAAUAUUCCAACAUCUUAUAAUAGUUAGACCUUUAAUAUUCCAACAUCUUAUAAUAGUUAGACCUUUAAUAUUCCAACAUCUUAUAAUAGUUAGACCUUUAAUAUUCCAACAUCUUAUAAUAGUUAGACCUUUAAUAUUCCAACAUCUUAUAAUAGUUAGACCUUUAAUAUUCCAACAUCUUAUAAUAGUUAGACCUUUAAUAUUCCAACAUCUUAUAAUAGUUAGACCUUUAAUAUUCCAACAUCUUAUAAUAGUUAGACCUUUAAUAUUCCAACAUCUUAUAAUAGUUAGACCUUUAAUAUUCCAACAUCUUAUAAUAGUUAGACCUUUAAUAUUCCAACAUCUUAUAAUAGUUAGACCUUUAAUAUUCCAACAUCUUAUAAUAGUUAGACCUUUAAUAUUCCAACAUCUUAUAAUAGUUAGACCUUUAAUAUUCCAACAUCUUAUAAUAGUUAGACCUUUAAUAUUCCAACAUCUUAUAAUAGUUAGACCUUUAAUAUCCCAACAUCUUAUAAUAGUUAGACCUUUAAUAUUUCAACAUCUUAUAAUAGUUAGACCUUUAAUAUUCCAACAUCUUAUAAUAGUUAGACCUUUAUUAUUCCAACAUCUUAUAAUAGAUAUUAGAUAUUCUAUUAUCCUGUAAUCGUUAGAUCUUAGAUAGUCCAACAUCUUUUAUCGUUAGAACUAAAAUAUUCCAGUAUCCUAUUCUAGUUAAAUAUUAUAUAGUCCAACAUUCGAUAAUAGCUGCAUCUUAGACAUUCCAACAUCUUAUAAUAGUUACUUUUUAAAUACACAAAAAUCGUAUAAUACUUCGAUCUUAAAUAUUAUAACAUUUGAUAAUGUUUAUAUCUAAGAAAUUCCUUUGAUACAGUUCCUCAAAUUGUAGCAAUCCUCACCCAUGAAAUUAAUUUCAUUGCUACUUCAUCACUGCAGAGUAUAUGUGUUUUCCGAUGGUCUUAGGCGACCCUUAGGGGUCGCGACCCACAGGUUGAAAACCGCUAAGCUAGAUCUUAGAUAUUCACACACCUUUUAUAGUUAGAUCUCGGCAAUUCCAACAUGUUAUAAUAUUUAGAUCUAAGAUACUCUAACAUCUCAUAGUAGUUAGAUCUGAGAUUUGUACUUGGUUGCGUUUAAAUUAAUCAAGAUUUCAUUGAAGCUUAAACUCCUAUGAGUAAACAACAGUGGUAUAUCAACAAUGAUAACUUAAAGUAAUAAUUUAGUGGCUCUUCCCUAUCAUGACGAAUUAAAAAAAAAAUAUUAGGUUAAUAAUUUCCGUAUUUUUUACCUCCCACUAAAAAAACCGAUGUAAUAUAUGUUUAUUAUUUGCAAUUGUAAUAUAUGUUUAUUAGUGGCAAUUGUAAUAUAUGUUUAUUAGUUGCAAUUGUAAUGUAUGUUUAUUAGUUGCAAUUGUAAUAUAUGUUUAUUAGUUGCAAUUGUAAUAUAUGUUUAUUUGUUGCAAUUGUAAUAUAUGUUUAUUAGUUGCAAUUGUAAUAUAUGUUUAUUAGUUGCAAUUUUAAUAUAUGUUUAUUAGUUGUAAUUGUAAUAUAAGUUUAUUAGUUGUAAUUGUAAUAUAUGUUUAUUAGUUGCAAUUGAAAUAUAUGUUUAUUAGUUGCAAUUGUAAUAUAUGUUUAUUAGUUGCAAUUGUAAUAUAUGUUUAUUAGUUGCAAUUGUAAUAUAUGUUUAUUAGUUGCAAUUGUAAUAUAUGUUUAUUAGUUACAAUUGUAAUAUAUGUUUAUUAGUUGCAAUUGUAAUAUAUGUUUAUUAGUUGCAAAUGUAAUAUAUGUUUAUUAAUUGCAAUUGUAAUAUAUGUUUAUUAGUUGCAAUUGUAAUGUAUGUUUAUUAGUUGCAAUUGUAAUAUAUGUUUAUUAGUUGCAAUUGUAAUAUAUGUUUAUUAAUUGUAAUCAAUAAAUUUUAAUUGUAAUUUCAUUUAUUUAAUUUUAAUUGUAACCUUUAGUUUAUUAAUUGUAAUAUAUUUUAACAAUUUGAAUCUAUGUUUAUAAAUUGUAAACUACAUUUAUUAAUUGUAAGAGUUGCUUAUUCGUUUUAAUUUAUAUUUAUAAACGUAAUAUAUACUCAUUGAUUCUAAUACAUGUCUAUUAAUUGUAACACAUUUUUAUUAAUUCAAAUAUAAUUGUAAUAGAUAUUUUUUAAUUGAAAUACAUAUUAAUAAAUUUUAAUUGUUUAUUGAUUGCAAUAUAAUAACAUGUUUAGUUAUUGUAAUGAUUGUUUUGUGGGCCUGGCAGAGAUGACGCCGGUCCAGUUUUUGGCCAACCACACACGUCUGGAGAGAGACCAACGCCGACACUACACGGAGAUCUUUAAGAAAUUCAAACAGAAAAGUACGGAGUUCCUUGAUGGCAAGGUCAGUUCCUCGAUAGCAAGGUCAGUUCUUUGAUGGCAAGGUCAGUUCCUUGAUGGCAAGGCCGGUUCCUUGAUGGCAAGGCCGGUUCCUUAAUGGCAAGGUCAGUUCCUCUAUGGCAAGGUAAGUUCUUUGAUGGCAAGGUCAGUUCCUUAAUGACAAGGCCAGUUCCUCGAUAAAAAGUUCAGUUCUUUGAUAGAAAGGUCAGUUCCUUGAUGGCAUGGUCAGUUCCUUGAUCGCAAGGUCGGUUCCUUGAUGACACAUUUAGUUCCUUAAUGACCAGGUCAGUUCCUUGAUGGCAAAGUCAGUUUCUUGGAAGUAAGUUCAUUCCAUCGGUAGCUUGGUCAUGUCAUUGGUACCAAAGUACAUUUUUGAUGGCAGUGUUAGUUCCUUGAUGGCAUGUUCACAUCCUUAAUGAAAAAGACAAUUCCUGAAUGACAUGUUCAGUUCCUAAAAGACAUGAUUGCACAUUCAAUUCACUAAUGGCAAAUUCAGUUCCUAGAUGACAAGGUUAAUUCUUUGAUGGAAAGGUCAGUUCUUUUGGUAGCAAGGUCAGUUCCUUUGGUAGCCAGGUCAGUUCCUUUGGUAGCAAAGUCAGUACUUAAGUAGCAAGGUCAGUUCUUUAGUAGCCAGGUCAGUUCUUUGGUAGCCAGGUCAGUUCCUUUGGUAGCAAAGUCAGUACUUAAGUAGCAAGGUCAGUUCUUUGGUAGCAAGGUAAGAUCCUGUAUCAUGCUCUACAACACUAAAUUCCACUCUCCCCAUUCCCUGUACCCUGCACUCAACUCUAAUUUCCUCUCUCCCUAGUCCCUGUAUCAUGCACCCAACUCUAAUUUCCUCUCUCCCUAGUCCCUGUAUCAUGCACCCAACUCUAAUUUCCUCUCUCCCUAGUCCCUGUAUCAUGCACCCAACUCUAAUUUCCUCUCUCCCUAGUCCCUGUAUCAUGCACUCCUCUCUCCCUAGUCCCUGUAUCAUGCACUCAACUCUAAUUUCCUCUCUCCCUAGUCCCUGUAUCAUGCACUCAACUCUAAUUUCCUCUCUCCCUAGUCCAUGUAUCAUGCACUCAACUCUAAUUUCCUCUCUCCCUAGUCCCUGUAUCAUGCACCCAUCUCUAAUCUCCUCUCUCGAUAGUCUCUGAAUCAUGCACCUAACUCUAAUUUCCUCUCUCCCUUGUCCCUGUAUCAUGCACCCAACUCUAAUUUCCUCUCUCCCUAGUCCCUGUAUCAUGCACUCAACUUUAAUUUCCUUUCUCCCUAGUCCCUGUAUAAUGCACCCAACUCUAAUUUCCUCUCUCCCUAGUCCCUGUAUCAUGCACCCAACUCUAAUUUCCUCUCUCGAUAGUCUCUGAAUCAUGCAUCCAACUCUAAAUUCCUCUCUCCUUUGUCCCUGUAUAAUGCACCCAACUCUAAUUUCCUCUCUCCCCAGUCCCUGUAUCAUGCACUCAACUCUAAUUUCCUCUCUCCCUAGUCCCUGUAUCAUGCACUCAACUCUAAUUUCCUCUCUCCCCAGUCCCUGUAUCAUGCACUCAACUCUAAUUUCCUCUCUCCCUAGUCCCUGUAUCAUGCACUCAACUCUAAUUUCCUCUCUCCCUAGUCCCUGUAUCAUGCACCCAACUCUAAUUUCCUCUCUCCCUAGUCCCUGUAUCAUGCACCCAACUCUAAUUUCCUCUCUCGAUAGUCUCUGAAUCAUGCAUCCAACUCUAAAUUCCUCUCUCCUUUGUCCCUGUAUAAUGCACCCAACUCUAAUUUCCUCUCUCCCCAGUCCCUGUAUCAUGCACUCAACUCUAAUUUCCUUUCUCCCCAGUCUCUGUACGCUGCACUGAACUCAAUGUUUGGCUCAUAUCUCAGCACCUCGAACUACGAAAUUCUUCAAACGUGUCUCUUCAUUACUGAUGACUCACUAUUUGAUGUCAACACGUUUGCAGGCAUAUGUGCCUUUACCGACAGACUCUUUUGGACGGCAUACCUUGACGGGUGAGUCAACCAUGAAAUUGCCCACAUGAUUAAUUUAAACUGUAAAAGUUAGGCACUAGGUUUGUUAUUGACUUGUCAAUGAUUUCUAUUGAUUAUUAAAUACAUCAGCUCUGCCCAUCCAUUACUGUGUCUUGUGUGUAGUUAAAUGUAGGAGGUGACCUAUUCAAAGACCUUACAUCAGUAGUUUCUCAGGGCACCACAACGUAUACUUUGGGAACCACAUUUGAUAUGAUGUCGAUAAACCCUACACUGUCUCCGCAUUUUAUUAAAAAGUAAACUAAGUAGUUCUUAAAUGUUUGACUGACGUUUUAUUACCUACACCGGUCUCAUCAAGAGGAAGAUUUUAGGAGGUGCGAAGAAAUACAUCACUGUACAAGAAAUGCUUUCCUACUCUGUUGUUGUUCUUUUCCAGUCAUAUUUUAUCAUGUUGUAAAGUUGUGAUAAUUAUUUAUGUUUUAAAGUAGUGCUUAUUAUACAUGUUGCAAAGUGGUGCUAAUUAUUUAUGUUGUAAAGUGGUGCUAAUUAUAUAUGUUGUAAAGUGGUGCUAAUUAUGCAUGUUGUAAAGUUGUGCUAAUUAUAUAUGUUGUACAGUGGUGCUAAUUAUUUAAGUUGUAAAGGGGUGCUUAUUAUAUAUGUUGUAAAGUAGUGCUAAAUAUACAUGUUGUAAAGUGGUGCUAAUUAUACAUUUUUAAAGUGGUCCUAAUUAUACAUGUUGUAAAGUGUUGCUAUUUAUACUUGUUGUAAAGUGGUGCUAAUUAUACAUGUUGUAAAGUGGUGCUAUUUAUACUUGUUGUAAAGUGGUGCUAAUUAUUUAAGUUGUAAAGGGGUGCUUAUUAUAUAUGUUGUAAAGUAGUGCUAAUUAUACAUGUUGUAAAGUGGUGCUAAUUAUAUAUGUUGUGACAUGGUGCUUAUUAUACAUAUUGUAAAGUGGUAUUCAUUAUUUAUGUAGUAAAGUGGUGCUAAUUAUUUAUGUUGUAAAGUGGUGCUAAUUAUAUAUUCUGUUGUAAAAAAUUUGGAACACAUUUCAUUCCAAAUGAGAAAUUUGGGUAAAUAUUAAAAAAAAAAAAAAAUGUCUUUAAAAACACGUACAUGUUAAAGUUGACUUGUAGUUGUCUUAUAAUUGACUUGUAUUUGACUUAAGUUAACUUGCAGUUUAAUUUUAAUUGACUUGUAAUUGUCUUGUAUUUGACUUGUAGUUUACUCGUAGUUGACUUCUACUAAAAUCUUUUUAAAAUUUCUUCUACAUACGGGAGUAUAAAUAUAAUUUACCUUCUAGAGCAAAUGGAUAAUUCCCUUACCCACUCCCUCGAAGAGUCCUCAAUAAACAUAAGCAUGGACAGAUGAAAAUGGAUGUUUCCAACAGAAGAAUAACCCAUUUUUAAGCUACACAAGAAACUACAGUUAUUAUCCAUUUCCAUAUCCAUAUCUGGAUAAAAAAAUUCAAUGGUGAAGUCCUCUGACAUACUGAUAAGUACAUGCCUGACAUUUUGUUAAGUACAUGCCUGACAUACGGCUAAGUGCAUGUAAACAGUCACAAUAGCAUAUCUCUAAUCUUUCUUCUCUAGCGAGGUUGACACAUUUACAAUAUGGGCACCCAAUAGAACAGCCCUGGAGUUCGCAGAUUUUGAGAACCUCAAGAGGAAGUUAAAAGACUUUAACCUGUCAAAAGAAAUGAGAGUGCUACUUUACUCGUUGGCUUAAACGCCUUGAUGGAAGGUGAGAGGAAC